AACACAAUGCAUUCAUGAGCAUUUCAACGACAUUUGAAUAUGAAUACAACUGCGUGUUGUCAAACCCACUCUCAAAAUAUACACAAAGAAAUUUAAAAAUUGCACUCAAGAACGACCUAAAAAGUUAGCCUUGUAGAAUGGGUGACGGUAGCUGCGUCCGAUCUUCUCUUAUUGCCGUCAAUGUUUUAUUUCUGCUUGGUGGAUUGGCCAUUCUUGGGUUGGGGAUCUGGGUUCAAGUGGAGAAAGGUGAUUAUGUUGCUCUAGCUGACUCAGACACAGGUUUGACUGGAGCAAUACUUCUCAUCGCGGUUGGUUGUGUCACUUCUCUCAUAUCUGUUGUUGGUUUCAUUGGAGCAUUUAAGCGAAGUUCUUGCAUUCUGUGGAUUUUCUUUUCAGUUUUGAUGCUGAUUCUAAUCGUGCAAAUUAUUGCGCUUAUCUUGGGAAUGGUGUACAGAGAAAAGGUUGAAGACGAACUUCAUGAUGAUAUGAAGAAAACAAUCCAGGAAUAUAUGACCGAUAUUGAAGGAGUUACUAAAGCGUGGGACUGGGCACAACAAAAGUUUGAAUGUUGUGGGGUGGACAACUACACCGACUGGAGAAAAUCUAUAACGAAGUUCAAUCAACAAGGACGUCACGAUAUUGUUCCAGACAGUUGCUGUCGCGUUGAGAGUGAUAAAUGUGGAGACUUUUCGACGUCAUCAAAUCCCGGCAAGCCGCCGGGUGAUGUGAACCAGGAAAAAAUAUACACAGAUGGAUGUUUCACGGAACUCAAACAAUUCAUUAAGGAUCAUCUUCUAACUAUUGGAUUAGCAGCGCUUUUCUUUUUGAUCGUGGAGCUUUUUGUGAUCAUCCUGACAGUGAUAUUGGCCAAAAGUGUUGCAGGUGGAUCAGGAGUGGUAUAAUUCAUUAGAAAGCAUUAGUCUGUAAUUUUUUGAAACUUUAGCAUUGACAAUAGCAAGAUCAUGCUCAACCACUACUAUAACUACGUAUAUCAGUCACCGUAUCAAAACUAAAUAUGCUUCACACAUGACAAUGUAUUCUUAUGUUCUCAUAAUAAACCAAUGUAGCUGAGGUCAAGAGUGUGAUUCUAUGGUUUGAA